AAAGAAGAUUGUAGAUAAGAGAUACCAACUAAAUCAUGUGUCGAAGUUGAAGCAUGAAAGGUGUGAACGCCAUGGCUGUUAUUACCACCACCGUCCCCGUUGAAUUCAAAAUCUUCGACACCAGAACCUCUCCUCUCUUCUCUUCUUCUUCAUUCUUCAAACUAUCUAUUCCUCAUUCCCUCAAUUUUCACUCUUCUCUCUCCUUCACCCUUCCCUCCUCCCUAACUCCCCGUUACGGAGGUAGUCUCCGCCCUCCCGCAUACUCCGGCGGAAACUUCAGGAGACCUCCUAACGACGACGUCGACGAUGAACAAGCUCUCGACCUCUCCACACUUAGGUCGAAUACCGUGAGGCUUAUUGAUCAGAGUCAGAAUAUGGUUGGAAUUGUAUCUCUUGAUCAGGCAAUUCGAAUGGCUGAAGAUGCUGAACUCGACUUGGUAAUAGUAUCUGGGGAUGCAGAUCCUCCUGUUGUUAGAAUAAUGGAUUACAGUAAAUAUAGAUAUGAACUGCAGAAGAAGAAAAGGGAUCAGCAAAAGAAAAGUGCUGCUAAUCGGAUGGAUAUGAAGGAACUCAAAAUGGGAUACAACAUAGAUCAACAUGAUUAUUCAGUACGUUUGAAAGCUGCACGGAAAUUUUUGACAGAUGGUGACAAGGUUAAGGUCAUAGUAAACCUUAAAGGUCGUGAAAAAGAAUUCAGGAAUAUUGCUAUUGAGCUUAUUAGACGUUUUCAGAAUGAUGUUGGGAAGCUUGGAACAGAAGAGGCUAAAAAUUUCCGUGACAAGAACAUCUUCAUUACCUUGGUUCCAAAUAAAGUUGUUGUGCAGAAAACUCAAGAAACACCAAAGAAAAAAGACAGUUCUGCAGCAGAUGAAGCCUCCAUCAGUGUUGAAGUGUAACUGAAAACUUCCAUGCGGAAUUCUCAUUGUAGAUGGGAUGGAUGGAUUGUGAGCAGCUGACAUUGGUAUAUUUUGGAAUUUUGUAAUUUUCAGAGUGUUGUAUGUAUAGCAUGCGUGUAAUUCAUGUAAUAAUAGUAUAUAGUUCGCUAGAAGUUUAAUUAUAGAGGCAGCCUUGUCGAAUGCUGAAGCUUGAAGGAAUCCCAUUAACUGUUCUCUUCAAAACUGUAUUGAUGCAUCUAUUUUUGGAAGUCCAUAGAAUCUGAAUCCAAUAGUCAGUCCUAUUUCAAUAGAGCUUCAAUACUUGAUGAUAGUGUAAUUUUUUGAAGUUAAAAGUAAUAUAUGUUCACUUAUGUUCCUA